GUUUCAGCCAUUUUGGACGCACAGUUGUUAUGUAGCAGUCGUUUGAGUGAGUUCAUGUUAGUCAUUUUGUGAAAAUGGACAAAAUCGAGUAUCGAGCUGUCAUUAAAUAUCUGUUUUUGAAAGGCAAUACGCCUACGCAAAUCAAAGAUGAGUUGGAUUCUGUGUACGGGGACUCUGCACCAUCAUUUACCACAGUGAAAUUUUGGGCAGCUGAAUUUAAACGUGGCCGUAAGAGCUUGGGAGACGAUGAACGUUCGGGACGUCCAAAAACUGCAACUGCCGACGAAAACAUCGCCAAAGUUCACCAAAUUGUGCUAGACGACCGCCGAAUUAAAGUGAGAGAGAUAGCAGAGGUUAUGAAAAUGUCAAAAGAACGUGUUUGUCACAUAUUACAUGAACAUUUAGGCAUGACAAAGCUGUCCGCGCGUUGGGUGCCGCGUUUGCUCACGUUAGACCAAAAACGUGUUCGAAUGAACAUUUCCAACGCUCUGUUGGCGCAGUUUAGGCGCAAUAAAUCCGAGUUUUGGCGCCGAUUAAUUACUGUAGAUGAAACUUGGAUACACCAUUAUGCGCCCGAAACAAAAAUACAGUCCAAACAGUGGAUUGCAAAGAGGGAACCGGCUCCAAAAAAAGCAAAAGCUGCUUUUUCGGGUGGGAAAGUGAUGGCGACUAUUUUCUGGGAUAGUCAUGGAGUUAUUUUCAUCGAUUAUCUUCAAAAAGGAACGCGAUUGGAGAAGCGAUUGGCUAGAGGUGCUCAAGGAAUUAAUUUAUUGGAUGCUGCGUGUCGCGAGCGCAACAUAGCGUAUUCGCAAAGCAACGCUCUCGCGGAACGACACGCAGCUAACAAUAUACUCGCCGAGAAGGCGCGGAAACGCAUUAUCAUGAGUGAUUCGACUCUCAGAGAGAGAGAGAGCUGCAACCACAGCAGUUUGGGCAGCUAA